CGCUCACGCGUGUUUCCUGCGCGCUCUCGGCCAGACUGCUGUUCCAGUUAGGAACAUUUAUUGUGAACAGUGCGUGGAAAUCCUGCUGGGAAAGUGAAGUGGAAUGAUGCUGGGCUAAGUCGAAACAAAAUAGUCCAGUGAUGGUCUAGGAGGAUGGUCAUGUGGUGUAGCAGAAAACAGAAGCACUGCUAUCGGCAUGCCGCAGGCUUCUGUCUCACUGUGGUCUUUCCUGCUGGCGUUUAUGGGAUACACUUUAGCAGCCAUCAACAUCUGGCCCUCUUUCCACAUUGCCCUUAGCAACGCCAGUGUGUUUGUGGACUUCGGAACAAAAUCCAACAGCAGCACUGUACGCUACACAAGUCUGUCUUUGGUCAACAUGGAAACCAACGCCACCCUCCUGACCAGAUCUCUCGCUGACAACCAAUCACGAGGGAGGAUGGAAUUCAACUGUUCUUGCUUUCUGUAUGCUGGAACCUUUCGAUUCCUGUUGCAAGGCAUUAAAACAGUUCCUCGUACUAACACGACACAUGGGAGCAGAAAAGGGAUUACUACCUGGUGGUGGAGUUCAGAACUACAGGUGCAAUGGCCCACUUUUCACAUUGCUGUGGAUAGAGCUGGCAACCACUCAGCAUCUUUUCAGGUUGGGAUAUUCACUAAUGAGCACUUCCAGCCUUGUUCCAGCAGCUUCAACUCUGCUGUCUUUAUGGAAGUUAGUUUUAUAGAAUACAACCAGAUUGGCCAAAACACCAUCAACAAGGUCCGAGCCCGCACACGACACCCAGUCAAACCACUCCGUUCCCAGAAUAUUGAGCUACCCUGUGCAUUCCCUUUCACAGAUAGAGACUUCAUACAGGUGGCCUUGCGGUCUCCUCAUGCAGCACAGGACGUGAAGAGCUCCGGGCCCCUCUACUUGUCCCGAAUCUUCCCUUAUAAGAUGCUGGUGGAAAACGCCAAUGCCUACAGGAGUGGAUGUGAAGGGACGAUGGCCGUUAAGCUCAUCACUCCACCUUGUGCUCACAUCAGUGGGAAAGUUCUUCUGUAUAAAGAAAGAGGGGCAGUCGUCUCCUCCGAGAAUGAAGAGCCGUUUUCUCCCCUGCUGGCUUUUAGCUGGCUGACUCACGGAGAGAACGAGACAGAAUUCAACUGUUCUGUGUUUCACCAAGGAAGAAAUAAGUACUGCUUUCGGUUUGUUUUCAACUUCAGCCGCUCUCCAAGUCCAGCACAGACCUGUUUGGUGGUUUACAAGAGUUCAGAGUCAUGGGGCCCUUGGCAGCCAUGGAGUGUGUGCAGUGUCAGUUGUGGAGAAGGGGUGAGGGAACGGGUUCGAGAGUGUUUGCUGCCCUCAGGUGGAGGGAAGCAGUGCAAAGGUGUGGUGAAGGAGCAGUCUCCGUGCUCACUGGAAGAAUGUGCUGUGUUGAAUGCUCCUUCCCCAUCGUUCCCUGCGGUAUCUGUUGGACACUCACCCUUAGAUGGUAACAUGGCCGUCAUGGUUGGUAUCUCCCUUUGCCUGGCUGUGAUUCUUGCAACUAUUGUGUUUACUGUAUGGAAAAAGGUUUGUCAGCCCCCUCAGUGCAGCUCUGUGCACAGAGCCUCAGUCCCAUCCUCUGUGGCACGCAAGCUUUCCGAUGAGGCCACCAUUUGUGGAGACAGCCUCCAAAGACCCAGCUUGUCUGAGAACCAUGGCCCACCAGGUGGUGAAGUAGUGAGCAUAGCCCAAAAAGACAGGCCUCUUUUGGAUGGUCAGCCUUCCUCUCAAACGCUUGUGAUACCACUCCCACAUGACCCAGAGAGGCUGUCUCCCAUAGGUCAGAAGAUGUUGCCACCCAUAUUUGGGUAUCACUUAGCUCAGCAGCAGUUAAAAGAAAUGAAGAAGAAGGGGUUAAAGGAGGCAACACAGUUGUACCAUGUGUCUUCAAGCCCAGUUCACGACACCUUGGUAGAAACACCUGCUUCACCUGCUCACUCCCCCAUUCCAACUGGAUUUGCUCACAUGCUUCCCUUGGGCCCCCAUGACAACAGCGGUUUUUGCGUAGCAACUCCCUUUUCUGGAACUUCAUUGCAGAGUCCGAGUACAACACCAGAAAGACUGAGUCCCAGAGUGGAGCUGGUCCUAGGUCCUCCUGUGUCUGGUCAUUCAAGUGGGGACAGCACAAAAUGGCACAACCGCACUGCUGACUGGGUUAAGAUGAUAGAGAGGAGUGGGUUAGCACAUCUCAGAGAAGCAGAUGUAGGACUAACUCACUCCUUCAAGCAGAAUCCCAAUUUUCGCCGGACGUCAAGUUUCAAUGACACUAAACCUCAUCCUCCAUAUUUGGCAAACUCCAGACAAUUCAGAGAACGGAGCAUGACCCAGGUUGCAUCUCGGACCCUUCCUGAAGGAAGGGGUUGGAUCAAAAGCAGAACUCAGAACCAAUCACAACCUUCUUACCCCAUUCUGGAGAAUGUGGUUUCAGAGUGGAGCAAAUCCAGGCCCUCUAGAAAUGACCAGAGGCAGCCCUGGAUUGAGAUGGCUGAUUCUUCCCAUAAUAGUGAACUAAAACACACAGAAACCAACACAAACAUUAACUGUACAUCAGAGAAAUACACCAAAGCAAACCUCAGCGGUGCUGAGGAAAGAGAUAGAUGUAGUAAAGCAGAAGGCAAUGAUGGAAAAGGAAUCUCAGGGAUCAGAGGUCAGUCUAUCGGGCCUGUCAGUUCUCAAGACAUGACCCACGCCAGUGUUGAUCAUGCAAAAUCCAACUGGAUCCGUUGUGGUGCACUGCCAAUCCAGAGGAGCAUCCUGCCCCAAAAAUUAAAAGAGACCCAACCCUGUACUGGGUUUUCUGGCCACAAAGGUCGUCAACGCAGCUCCACAUUUAGUGCAUCUGUCGCAGAGCAGAGGAAAGCUCGCUGUGGAUCUCUGCCGGAGUCUGGACACUGUAUUAACAGCUCCACCUACAGACUGAGUGAGGCAGAGCAGAAGAUGUUGGACUUGGAUCUUUCCUCAGCAUAUGUAGGGAAAAAAAUGUAGAUCACACUGGUUUGUAUAUGAAUUGUAAUUGAAUAUACUUCAACCAACUCUGAACAAAACUAUUUUCCUGUAAUAUGAAAGUACCUCAAAUAUUUGUUAACACAUCCAUUAUAUUCCAUAAGAAGCACAUUCAUGCUGGCCUGGGUUAUUUUAACAUAAUGACAAUAUAGUCACAUAAAUAUGAUUGUAAUAUGCUUUUUAAAAUCACAUUAUGGUUUAGUGCUCCUGCCCUUAUGGACAAAACUGUAGGAUGUUUGACAUUUUUGAUAAAUGGACAAUAUCUCCUUUCAGGAAAUGUUUUCUGUCUUUGCUCGCCCCAAUUCUCUGCCUUAGUCACUCCUCUUUUCCUCCUCCUUUCUCUCCAUCAUCAUCUUCACCUUUUUUCAAGGAGUUAUGAUUUAUUUAAUCUCAUCAAUUUUUGUUCCUCUGCCAUUUUUACCCCCCCCCCCCCCCACCACCACCACCAACCGCCCACCUUUUUUCAUGUUGCUUCUGUCAUUUUAAUUUCUCAUCACAUACAAACACACUGACAGAAUAUGUAUUGAUCAGGAAAAAUGAGGAUG